AGUAUGAGAAAAGAAUAAAGUAAAGCUCCAAAAAAGGUUUAAAGAAAAUAGUUUGGUUUUCGGUUGCAAAGACCUGAACUUCCAGUGCUCCCUGAGGGAGACGUCUGGCAUGGCGACCCGCCACCACGGGGCAGGCAGGGCAGGUCCGCGGCAGUGAGAGCACGCUGCUCACCAGUUACUCCCAGGCACAGGGUGGUCGUAUGUAUUCAUGGCAGUCAGCAGUUGUGGCAUUCUGACGGCAGUGACAUUUCGGAGGUGCCAAGGCCCACGUGAAGGGAUGGCGUUCCCUGGGCCGCUAGUCCCUGUUCUCAUUCCUCUGUCAUGAAUUUUUCUGAGACUGUUGGCAUCUCUGCACAGCCACAUUGCCCUGGGUUGCCUGUGGUAACUCCCUCCUCAGCAUGACGUCCACAAGGGUUAUUUCAACACUUGAACCGGGGAACAAUUAAGCUCUCUGCUGAAACGUGAGGCCAGCCGGAGAGAUAGGGUUACUCACAGUCAAGCUCCCCACCCCACCCAGCUCCCAGGAGCUCUCUGCAGCCGCAGGGUCCGAGUAAACAAGGCGGCCAGGAGGCCCUGGGGAGGACAGGUGGCCAGGAAGCCCUGAGUGGUGUUUGGAGACCUGGCCUUGGAGCAGAGUGCCGCCCGUGUCUGGAAGAUGCCGGCGGCCCCCGUGGUGGCUCGGAGACCCCUGGGGUGACCUGCACCCACGAGCAUGCCUGGAUGGUUCAGAAAAGCGAGCUUCGGGCUGGCGUCCCUGCUCAGCGCUGGGGCCUUUGUCCUGCUCCUGGCUGCCCUGGCGGCACCUCGCUGGCUGCAUGGGAAAAUCCUCUGUCAGACUGGUGCAGAGCUGGUCAACGCCACCGGCCCGGAGCUGGCCACAUUCAUCGGGGACAUUUCCUACGGGCUCUUCCGGGGCAGCAAGGUGCGGCAGUGCGGCCUGGGGGGACGGCAGUCUCAGUUCACAGUCUUCCCACACCUGCUGAGGGAGCUGGACGCCGGCCUCCACCUGGCCACCCUGCUGCUCCUCGUCCUGGCCUCAGCCCUGGCCCUGGUCAGCCUGGGCUUCGCCGUGCUCAACACAGCCCAGGUCCCGGCCCGCGCCAUGCACGGCCCCGGGGGCGUCUGUCUGUGGAACGUCCUGGCAGGAGGCGCCGUGGCGUUGGGCAUCGCCAGCUUCAUGGCUGCGGUGAAAUUCCACGACCUGACCGAGCGGAUUGCCAACUUCCAGGAGAAGCUGUUCCGGUUCGUGGUGGUGGAGGAGCAGUACGAGGAGUCCUUCUGGAUCUGCGUGGCCAGCGCGGUGGCCCUUGCCACAAACCUGCUGGUCGUGGCCCUCAGCCAAGUCCCGCUCCCCGAGAUUAAGACCAAAGUUGAAGAGGCCACGGUCACAGCCGAGGACAUCUUGUACUAG